AUGUAUUUAAGGCGAAGAACAUACACACCCCGUCUGAAUGGUGGUGGUGGAAUAAAUAUAAGACAAUUACGCGAAGAGCAUGAAAAUGUGCUCGACGAAAUGAAGGAAUUCGAUAGAUGGAAUUCCUUCAUUAAUAUUCUCGUGGUUGUUGUGUGGGUUUGUAGUAUUGUACUUCCGAAUAUUAAACGUAUGUUUAAAGAUUAUAACUUUAAUUCACGAGAAAAUGAUGGUGGUGGUAUAAAUAUGAGGCAAUUGCGAGAAGAGCAUGAAAAUUUGCCCAACGAGAUGAAUGAAUUCGAUAGAACCACCACGGUGGGAGCCACACCCCGUCGAAAUGAUGGUGGUGGUAUAAUUGCGAGAAGAGCAUGA